GAUUUCAUAGCAACCAGCCCGGAGUUCCCUCCCUCCCCUGAGCGAGAGGGCGGAGGCUGGGAACAGGUGAAUGCCUAUCAGCUCCCAUUCCAGCGGGAUGCAAAACCUCACAGUCUAAACCAGUCCUCACUCUUCAGGCUCCCGGAAUCAUGGCGAGCGGCGCCCUGGAGAUCGUGGGAAUGUGCGUGAGCCUGAUCGGCCUCAUCGGGGUGGCGGCUAGCACCGGGAUGCCGAUGUGGCGGGUCACGGCGUUCAUCGGGGAGAACAUCAUCGUGAUGGAGACCCGCUACGAGGGCUUGUGGAUGAACUGCUUCCGGCAGGCCAACAUUCGGAUGCAGUGUAAGGUGUACGACUCUUUGCUGGCGCUGUCUCCAGACCUCCAGGCUGCCCGGGGUCUCAUGUGCUGCUCUGUGGCGCUGACCGGGCUGGGUUUACUGAUUGCCAUCGCCGGGAUGAGGUGCACGGCGUGCAUCCAAGGGAACGACCGCGCCAAGCGCAUGGUUCUGAUCAUCGCCGGCUGCAUGAUCCUAGCGGGCUGCCUCUGCUGCAUCAUCCCCGUCUCCUGGACCGGACACGCCAUCAUCCAGGAUUUCUACAACCCCUUGCUCAUCGAUGCCCAGCGUAGGGAGCUCGGGGAGGCGUUGUACAUCGGUUGGGUCUCUUCCGCCUUCUUAUUCGCCGGCGGGUGCAUAUUCACCUGCUGCAGCGGGCCCCUGGACAAGGGCCCGGAUCCGAGGUACAUGUACACCAGGAACCCACCCUAUGUGGCCUAUCAGCCGCAACCCGUGGCCUAUCACCCUCAGCCUCGCUCGGUGUACAGUCACCCGUCCGGGCCACCGUCGUUCAUCGAGCAGUCGUACCAACCGUCCAGACAGCAGUCGUUCAUUCAGCCGUCCCGACAUCCGUCCGCCCGCAGCGCCGUGGCUUAUCUCUAAAAUCCAGCUGGACGUCUCACAAGCUUGUGUGUUUAUGUUAGAGACAGAUGAAAAGGACAGGCUUCUAACCAAAAGUUUUUUUUUUUUUUUUUAAGUAUAUUUGGAAACAAAACUGUUUCAUUUUUGGGAACGUUUUCGGCUAUGUUUAGAUGUUAUUUCUACUCAUAUCUAUGCAGGAGCGGAUGACAGAUGUGAAGAACGUCUAACCAAAGCUUUUUUUUUUACACAAGGUAAAGAUAUUUGGAAAUAUUUAAAAAGGGGUUACACUUCAUUUUAAGGUGUCCUUGCUACAGUUUAAUUCUACAUUUAAAGAAGGAGUACUUUAUAAGUAGAGCUUGGCUUAGGGUUACUUGCAUGUAAUUAUACAUAAUUUAUUGUUAUUAUAAUAGUAAAUACACAGCAUGUAACAUAUAUAAAAACAACACCUUAAAAUAAAAUGUUAUCUCUGUUUUAAAUUUAACAAACGUAGGCCUACAUUUAUUUAUUUAUUUUUCUGUUCCAUUCUUAAGAAUGUUUUUGAAUGCCAUUUCUAAUUUGGCUUUUUAAGUAGGAAAGAAAAAAUGAAUUUCUAGCCAUGGGUGUUACAAAAAAAAAAAAAAAACAUUUUAUAAACUUGGGCCUGCAUUUCAUAUUUUUUUUUUUUUUGGGGAGAACGAUUUUGACAGAAUAGUUAAUAUAGUAAGAGAACUUUGAGAACUGUGACUAAGAUGAAGAAUUGUUUUUAAGAUUUUUUUGUUGUUGUUUUUAUAUGAUUCAAUGUAAAGUACAGAUAACAGAUCAUACCUCAGGAUGUUGUAAAGUAUGUUAAUCGAGGUAUUUUUGUAUUAUCUCAAAGCUGUCUAUAAUAGAAAUGAGGAAAUAAAUGUUUUAUAUUGAGAUAUGUGUUUUUAUGUGAAUACCAAGGCGCAAAAAACAAUGCUUUAACUCAAUAAACAAGUAAAAAAUA